CGUUUUGAGCCGGCGGGCUGUUGUUGGUGGCGCCAUGGGGAGCUUGUGGCGAGUGUGGCCGGCUGUGGCGGUUGGCUUGUUCCCGAAGCGGGGCAUGCCCUGUCGCCUCCGGUGCAGGGUUGGCCCACCGCCCUGGGCUGAGGGGCGGGGGCAGCCCCGGAGAGCGGCCCAGGGCGGGCAGAGCCACGGUUACUCGGUACGCCAGAACUAUUCUAGAGAAUGCGAGGAGGCCAUCAACCAGCAGAUCAAUCAGGAGCUCCGCGCUUACUACGCCUACCUGUCCAUGUCAUAUUACUUCGACCGAUAUGAUGUUGGAUUGAGAAACUUUGCCAAGUUUUACUUGGAGCAAUCUGUCGAAGAGCAGAAGCAUGCUGAGCAGCUGAUGCAGUUUCAGAAUCAGCGUGGAGGCAGCAUUGUCCUGUAUGAUAUCAAGAAACCUUACCAGGAUGAAUGGGGCAGCGGCUUAGAGGCAAUGGAGCAUGCAUUAGAGCUUGAGAAAGAGGUCAAUCAAAGCAUUCUGAACCUGCACAAGCUGGCAAGUGAACAGAACGAUCCACAUCUAUGUGAGUUCUUGGAGGCAAACUACUUGAAUGAACAAGUCAUAGCCAUUAGGAAGCUUGGGGAUCACAUCACCAACCUGAAGAAAUUGGGAGCUUCUGAGGAUGGUAUUGGAGAGUAUUUGUUCGACAAGCACUCUCUGGGUGGGGACAGUUAAUGACAUGCUUUGCUAAAUGCAUCCUCUUAGGGAAUGACCUGUGCCUGGCUUUUCUCAUUUUCUGCAAAUCUUUCCAAAUCUACAGAAAAAAUUCCUGUAUUCACCCGAGAGAGGUGGUGCGGUAGACCCCAGUGUCCCAACUGUUAAAGUAGAACAAUUGUUGCCAAUCUAAUCCUUGUUAAUGUAGGGCCAGAUUAAAGAUGACAUUGAAAAGUACUGUGUGUAAAACAUGUUGCCAUCUGUUCCCAAAUAAAACCUGGUAAAAUCGACCACUUUGUCAGCUGUU